AUGCAGUCUUUGCUAACUACGAGUGCCGCCGGGGCCUUAGCUGUGUCUAACACGACCAAAGACAGGAUGCAGGCAAUCAAAGACGAUGUGGAAUCAGCACUCCAAAGGUUCAAAGAGCUCAGGACCAAGGUCGGAAGCGACAAGGCUAUCGAGGCCGGAUACGAUUCACGAUCUCUUAGAGAGGUCACGGAGAUGACCAAGAACCUGCAGCAAAUACAGGCGGACCAUUCUACGGUUAUGAAUGAUAUUCAUAAGAAGCAGGCCGCACUGCGUCAGCUCAAGCGAGCCGAGAAUGCCGGCAGUGUCUCUGAUGACCACGAAGCCCGUCGAAGAGCCGCCGCUGAGGUCAUCCGCUCGCUGAUUGAGGAACCCUCUCAGAUGUAUCGGUUGCUGGAAGCUGUGGACCUCAACCCCGAUAACGGUAUACGACUGUCGAUUGCCCGAGCCCUCGCGGCUGUCCGAGGGUGCUCAAUCUCUGAGAUUGUAGCCUGGCUUGGUGAGCCCGAGCUCGAGACAGCAAAGCUAAAGGACCAGGCCAAAGAGCUCAAUCAACAGCUCACCAAGUACCGAGACCAAGUCGAGGUCUUGGUCAAGGAGCGUGAUAGCAUCAACGCCGCCGCUGAGCAGGCUCGCGCCGAUGCUACCACUGCAGCCCGUACGGUCGCCGAGAGUACCGCCGCUCAGGAGAUCGCUCAAGCGAACAACACAGCUCAGCGAGCGAGGCAAGACCUUCUGAAAGUCAGAGAGGAUCUUAUGUCGAAGGAGGAUGCCAUGGGAAGGCUCCGGACAGACUAUUCCGAUGAACUCUUGCGUCUCCGCCGGACUCAAGGCGAGGAAGUCCGGGACCUCCGCCAGAGCCACGACCAGGAACUUGGAGCCCUCCGCCGUGGUCGCGAUGAGGAAGCCCAACGGCUUCGUCAGGCUCAUGCUGAAGAGGUUCAGCGCCUCCAGAGUGAGCUGCUCACGGCUCGUCAGGAAGCCCAACGGCUUCGUCAGACUCAUGCUGAGGAGCUCUCAGGUCUCCAAUCUGAGCAUAACGAGGCUUAUCAGAGCGGUCUUUCCGAGGCCUAUCAAGGGUAUGCAGAGCAGCUCCAAAGCCUCAGCGGAGAGCUUGAGGUGACUGUUCGAGCGCUUCAAGAGGAGCGAUCCAUCUCAGGACAGCUUCAGGACAGAGCCUUAGACGCUGAGGAACAUGUAUCUGAUAUCCUUGAGCAAAAUUCGCGGCUACAAGGUCGAGUCACUGACUUGGCUACUCACUUGCAGGCCAUGGACGAGCAGAUCGCUUUGGAAGAUUCUCAUAACCAGGCCAACGAACGUGAGAAGGAUGACUUGUACGAGUCCAUCGGCAGUCUCUUCCAGCAAGGGCGAGAUCUCCAACAAACGCUCGACGCUCAAGUCCAGCAUGCUUCUACGCUGCUGAAGCAACUCUCUAUCGGCACCGAGUCCGAUAUCUGGCGAACCGUAGCCAGGCGUGCGCUUGCCGACCCGACCCAGGCGCAACCCGACCUGUCUCGACCUCAGCCUUGGAAGGUUCUCUCGUCUUGGGCUACUAACGACUCGAUGGUAAUCCAGUCAGAUGACCGCAGCCUCCAAGCACAGGCGCUUGAUAUCCUUGCUAUCUUGAAGUCAAGGUCUAUGGAUACAACAAGUUUGUUGAGUCGUCUUUCAUCCAUGCUGAGCCAAUUGGCGCAUGGCUCUCCCAUUUUCGUCUCUAUCGCAGAAAUGCUUCUGGACACGUUUGCCACUGUAGGAUCCGACUCACGCCUGCAUCUUAUGCACCACGUGAUGAUACAUCAGGUCGCUGAACUCCUUGUUGGCAACGAUAGGCAUCGAGCUAGAGCCCUUGAUGCCGUUGAUUCCAAGGCCAGGCAACUGAUUAGCUCGCUAGAGGGUUGGGACUCGGGUUCCGCGUCGGCCUUUGACGAAGACUGUGUUGAACACGCCGGCUUGGCUAUUAUGGGCUUCCAUCGAGAUCCUCAGGGGGUGCUGGUCCUUGGCUUGAAUGACCGCCAUAUUUGGUGGGUUGAUGGCUCUCGGAUAGAACGACGGUUCCUUUCACUGGCCCUUAGGCCUCUCGUGGGUGAACCAAUCUUACUUCCCUUAGACAGUGAGCCCAGAAUCAAGUGGGCGAUAACCCAUACUUGA